AACAUGACGAUGAGAUAUAUGUUUAUAUAUACGUAUAUAAAACUGUUCCGUUUGCGUUCUGUAAAAUUAGAAACUAUAUAGGAAUAUUCAUUCUGUACAUUUCAUAAUAAGACUGAGAAACAUGUGCAUUGUACAGAGUGUACAAAAAAGGUGUCGUUUGUGUUUGUCAGAUGAUGUGAAUGUGUCAAUAUUUGACCCACAGUGUUGCGAAGGAAUUCCUCUGUCACUGAAAAUUAUGGUUUGUGUUUCCAUAACUGUGACCGCUGAAGAUUUUCUACCGAAACUUAUCUGUACCCAUUGUAUGAAUUUAGUUAAUCGGUUUUACGAGUUCAGAGAGACGUGUAUGAACACGUAUAUGAAGCUGAUGCAAUGUGCCAAGAGUCAAGACAGUUCCGAUGUUACAUCUACGACUGAGAUUCCAGAACAAGAUGAAGAGAAAGAAGUUUUGAGCUCACUUGAAGUGGUAACCGUUGCAGAGGUUCUCCCAGAAGGUGAUGGUAAAGAUAUUAUUGAAGAAAAUGGUAUGCAGGAAUUGCAGUUUGUUGAAGACUCUAUGGAGACAGUUGCUGUAAUCUGUGGUGAGUUUGAAGAAGUUGUUGAUGCAGCCCACACAGGCAGCACCCAGGAGGAUAUUGAUGAUAAGGAGGUGAAUGAGUGUGAUGAAGAGGAAGAUUUUGUGCUGCAAUUAUCAAGUGAAGAUUCGUAUGAUAUAUCCACAGUCAAGAAAGAAAAAAUUGACAGUGAUGGAAUACUGGAAACUGACACAGGAAACCUUGAAGUAGGUUGUCUUGUGGAGUUGGAGGAACUCUCUGGAACAACUUAUGCUCUGAAACCUUUCAGAAGAACUGAGGGAGCUGAUGAGUUGACAUCUACAAUAUCAGGUCUGCGACGACGAUACAAGUGUACAGGAUGCAUCAGGGUGUUCUCCACACUCAGUUCUUUGGACAGACACUGGGACACAUGUCAGCAAGAAGGGAACAUGAAUGUUGAUCGGGAGCCAAAUAAUGAGAAUGUGACCAAGGAGCAAGAAGUCAAGAGUGAUCCAGAAGUGAUGCCCAAGGAAUGUUCAGAAUCUGAGAAAUCGUCAGGCAAGCACAGGCGAGCUCGGUGGGGAGAGGGCCGCAAGUACCCCUGCCCAACAUGUGGUAAGGUGUUCAAGAUACCAGCAUCGCUGCGUAAUCAUGAAAGGGUGCACACGGGUGAACGACCAUUCCUCUGCAGUUUGUGUACCCGUUCAUUCACACAAAUAUAUGCUCUUCGUAAUCAUGAACAACAGCAUCGAGGGGAGUCUCCCUAUCCAUGUGAACAGUGUGGAAAGGGAUUCUUCCGGCCUUCUGAUCUUGAGAAACACGUGCGAUCACAUACUGAUGAACGCCCAUUCAUGUGUUCUGUUUGUUCAAAGGCUUUCCAUCAGCUGAGCGGACUAGUAGUUCAUGAACGAAUCCAUACAGGUGAACGUCCUUAUACUUGUUCUUUCUGUUCUAUGUCAUUCAAUCAGUGGGCUAACAAGCAGCGACAUGAAAAGACACAUGCAGGUGGGACUAAGCCAUAUUCAUGUGACACAUGUCAUAGAAAGUUUUCAGAACGGAAAGAGAUGGAACUGCAUCGUGCAGGGCACGGUGGUGGGCGUCCACGUGGAUGCCAGUACUGCUCAAAAUCAUUCAGGAAGCCAUCAGAAUUGAAAGACCACUUGCGAAGGGUGCACACAAAUGAACGCCCAUACCAGUGCCAGCUGUGCUCAAAGGCCUUCUUUGUGCCACAUGAACUGAAGCAGCACUUAAUGGUGCACACAGGGGAACGUCCAUUCACAUGCCAGUUCUGUCUGCGAAAAUUUAGGCAGAAAGGAAAUCUGAAGAGGCAUCAUGAACGACAUCAUAGAGAUGAAGUAGUGGAUCAAGAGAAGGGGGCCCUUAUCGUGGAGGAGGUGGAUAUAGAUGACAUGAAGCUUGCUGUGAUGGAAACGGCAGAGUAUGAGGAACCUCUGGUCACUGAAUGAAGGAGCCAAGCUGCUAAGGAACUUACUGAAGUUAUACUGCAGCAUUUUAACAAUGCUGAUGGCAUGUUUAAAACAGUAUGUAGCCAAAUUUGUGAUAUUUUGGGCCUCGUUUCCUGAAACCUUUAAUUUAUUAAAAAUAUUCCCAUAUAUUGAACAGAUACAGUCAUGUAAAGAUAUUUUGAGUGCUGAGAUGUAUAUGGAUGUCACUAGCAAGAUUUAGGCUAAGAGAAGGGUAGAGGGGUGUAUUUGAUAGGUCAGCCAAUACUCGGAUAAGAAUACCAGCCAACUGUUUUAUGUACAUUUAAUCCUCAGAUGUCAGGUGUCAAUUUUAAGCACACUGUUGCAUUUAUCAUUUAAUUUGUUAUUAUUUUUUAGUCUUAUUCCUCAUCUUUUAUUUGAUGUUCAGAUGAUUGUAUCGUAUUUUUUCAUACAUUUCAUUUUUUACACUCACUUGUUAAUGCUGUUUCAGCCACACACGGUCGUCAACAGGUACAUGUAUAUGUUGUUGCAAAUUGAUGAACUGUAUUCUCUUGUUGAGUGAAACAUUAAUUAAAAGCUGGAAAUAGAAAUUGGUGGUUGAGUCGAAGUUUUUAGCACUUUGAGGCUGAUGAAACUGCUA